AUGGGCAAGAUUCUUCCAUUUGCAGAUUUGAGGCACAAAUAUGGUACAAUAUUCAGGAUUUCUCUUAGGAACAAACUGUGUGUUGUAAAAGAGGUGGUUCGAGAUCAAGACUCCAUUUUCACUAAUCGGGACAUUCCUGUUGUAGCAAUUGUUGCCACUUAUGGUGCAAACGACGUCGUUUUCUCCCAGCUCAAUCCACAGUGGCGAGCGAUGAGAAAUGUAUUCGCUCAAGAGAUGAUGAACAUCAAAAUUCUCGACUUAUUCUAUAAUGUUCGCAACGACCAUGAUGAAAAACCCGUCGAAAUGGGGCCCUUGAUUUUCCGAACCGAACUAAAGGUUAUGAUGAACAUGUUGUGGGGUGGGAAGUUUAUAGGUGAAGAGGGUGAAGGAAUUGCAUCUGAGUUUCUGGUCGUGGCACCAAAGAUUGUUGAUUUGUUUGGAAAGCCGAAUAUUUUCGAUUUCUUUCCACUUCUUGCUGGGCUUAAUAUUCAAGGAGUAAAGAAACAGAUGAAUCAUAACCUUUGUGAUGAGAAAUGUGAAUAA